CCUGGUGGGGUACAGCAGUACUUUUCUGGUCAGUGAUGUGGUCUUUGUGCAGCAUCUCUUUAAUUGUGAUGGCAGCAGUGAUGUUCUGGCAUUGUACAUGAGAAAUCUGCAUGAUCAGCAAGUAGAGCACCAUGUGUGCUGUAGGAGUGCAGCACUGGGGUACCUGAGGCAUAAGCCAAGAACUGGGUAUGGCAUUACAAACUGUGACUGUCUUCACAGGCCACCCAGAAAAAUCCCCAAAGAUAGUCUGUGCCCCCUUUCUCCAUCUAAGCAGCCAGCCACCCACCUCAUGAAGCUGCCUGAAGUGUUGUCACGUUGCCUGUUACACCCAGGCAGCAACUUUGGCCAGCAGGAACACACAAAGCUUGUACAGCCUGUUUACACCGUGUGCUCACAAGGGGGAUGUUGUUAGAGCUGAAAACAGGAGGAAGAGGAGCAUGGCCUAGUCUCUAGUUUCCUAUUAUCGAUGCAAAGAAAAAGAUACAAAAGACAGCAAAUUACUUUAAAUGCUGAACCCAGCACAUCUUACAUCAACACAAACUGUGUCUGGAGUGAAAAGAGCAACUAAUGUUGAAGCCUUCACUGUGUUGUGUGUGUGAUUCUUGUGACUCCCUGGUCUGGUUUCCUUCACCAUUCUCACUUUUGGUGAGUCGCUUCCCACAGGGAGCAAGCAGGAAGCAACACUGACCCAGCUGGCCUCUGAUCCUGGCAGGUUGGGGUGCUCUGUGCCCUUUGAACGGAAGAGAGCUGCCAUGUGGGGCUGAAGACUUCACUUUUCCCAUGACACUGUGUACUCUCAGGAAUCUGCUUGUCUCUGCAUUUAACACUGCUGUUACCAAGCAAAGCCUUUCAAGAAUGUAUUUCCAGCAUGAGGGUUUGCAUAGUCCGUUUUCAGUGAGUUAUUUUGGGGAGGAGGAGGAUGACCAAGAUAGUAGCAAUUUGUCAUGCUGGUAGGUAGUGUAAUAGCCCUGUCUUUUCAUCUAGUGCUUUUGCAUGAAAGCUGCAUGAUUAUUUCUGGUGGGAAUGAGAGCAGGGUAAGAUAACUGUUGUGGGUAUACCAGAGAAAGGAAAACUGCUGUAGGAGUCGUUCAGAAGCCUUAAAGAAUUCAGCUUCACAUAUGGUCAGGUGCAAUUUAAGUGAAAUUUAAAGGGCUUCUAGAGCUGCUUCCUGAAACACACCAGCUUCUUGAGCUGUGCCUUUGCUAUUUAUUGUAAGGCUGUUGGGGAAACAGUUGCACAGGGAGGUAUUGGACCCUCCCGGCUGCUCCAGCAGAUCAAGUCUGGCACUAGAGACCUGCUUCUGUGACUGAAUCACAGGUCUGUGCUCAUGGACUUGGCUGUUGCUUCAAGGCUCUUCCAGACAAGAUUUGCAAGAGGAGUUGUGUAUUAGCUGUGUUGUAGCUGGGAAUGGCCAAGUGUCCUGCAUGGGAGCCUUGACUACUAUGCCUUUUAGCCACUUUGGGUUUUAGCUUAAAGCAUCUGUGUUUCUCCUGCCAUGGCCAAAGCACAGUGAUGAACAGUGGGAUAGGAAAUGUUAUACAUGAAGUGCUUAGUAGAAAUCCACGGACUUCUUUCAGUUUGUUGUUACAUCUGGACCUGUGCAAACUGCUGUAGUCCUAUGACUGACUGUUGGCCCUUCGACCUGUUGGCUGCAGCCUGGCACUGUCUGCUUACUGGAUGCAUUGGGACAUACUGGCUACAGAGAGAGACAAGAAUCCGCUUUGGACUUGUCCAUCAUUACCCUUAGUUACCCCGCUGGACUUGCUGCUGAGCAGCCUGAUCCUUCCUGGGGGAGGGAGGGAGUAUCUAAAUGCUUCUAGGAAAUGCCCUAGGAAAGAGCAUUCCCUGAGGAACCUUUUGAUUCCUCAGCAGCUGCCUUUGAGGGAAAUCCCCACCCCUUGCAAGUGCUCUGCAGCUAUGUCAUGGGUAAGUGAGGUUUAUGUCAGGACCAACAGGACAUUCUGGUGCCUUGUGCCUCCCAUGCAGUGCCAGCAGUGCCAGGUCCAUGCUCAUGGAACAGAAACAGCACCAACAGCACUCAGCUUUUGAGCUUGUUUCACUCUGCCUUGUAACCUUCCUUUUUGUCUUCUGCAGAGGGAGUAUGAAAGCACCAGGUUGCAGCUCUCUCUGGAUUAUAAAUAGCUGUGCUCCAGUGACAUGAGUCAUGUGUUUGGGCUGACAGUACUGGGCUCCCAGCACACUACUUGUGCGUACAGGAUAUCCUCACACAGGCUCCCUGCUCUUCCAGGCUCCCCUGCUUAGACAUCCUGCAUGCAUCCUGGUUGUUACUUUGCAGGCUCAUUAAGGGCCCCUGGAAUAACAGCUGCUGGGAACAGCCUCACAUUGCCCUUAUGUGCUGUGGGAAAUGUGGAACCCGUUGAUCAGAAGAUUGGUUUCUCAGAGUGGAGAAUGUGCUGAAGCUUGGGGCCUGUCACUUUCUUUCCCCGUUGGCAUCAUGACCCCAAAUUCAGGAAGGAGCACUGACCAUUUUAGAUUGCAAGAAUGGCAGAGUGGAGACUUUAGACUGUGAAGAAAGUGGAUUUCUAGCUACAGACUUCAUUCAUGCUUGUAGCUCAGCUGUACAAAGCUUUUGUGUAGCUCAGGGUGACAAGUACAAAUUCUGGCAUGGAGAUAAUCCCAUAGGAUCCAAGGUCAGACAGUUUCUACAGUGUUUCAGACCAACUGACUGUUUCUCAAAAAAAACUGGAGCACUACCCCAUGUGACAGUCAGGGCUUGGCUGAACUUAUGCUGCUUUACAUGAUCAAGUUUGUGCAUCUCUGCCUUCUGGCCUAAUGCAGUUCCUGCAAGUCCUGAUGUCCAGCCCAGCCGUAGGUGCAAAUGCUGUUGUUUAGUUCUGUGAUUGUCAGUAAAAUAGUGAAAAGUGUUAAGGGCACUUUUUCCCAUUCUCCAAUUAAUAAUGGCUGCUUCUUUUACAGUUGUGAUGGAGAAAGACCCUGAUGAGGACUGCAGAAGGCUGGCCCUGCAAAACUUGCUGCUAAUGGAGAACCUGAAAAAGAAACUUGAAGCUGUUCCUUCCUAGCUGAAGGACACUAUCUGUAUCCGGAAUUGGGAAAAGUGGGAAAAACACCUUUAAACAACAUUGACACAAUCAACAUGAUGUUAGUUAUGUUCACCUGGCUUUGACCAACACAGCCACCUGAGUUCUGUCCUUAGGAAAAGCUGCUCAAAGCUGCAUCUGGGCACAGCUGUGCUUCACAGCAUAUGAAGAGAAGUACAUUUCCCAAGCUCUGCAGUGUGCCAGAAGAAGCUGCCAACAGCCAGCUGGCUUGGAGUGAAGGAACGCACGUCUGUGCUGGCCUUUGUCAAGCUGACUAACAGUGAGUUUCUGAAAGGAAAUCAAAGUCUUUCUUUUUUGGAGCUCUGACAGCUCUCAACUCCCCCAUGCAGGAAGAUGAGAGUUCAUGGGCUCAAACAGGCGAGAGUAUGAGAUUCUUAUUUAGACUACAGGGAGUGGAAACUUUUGAGAGAAAACAAAAUACACAGUGUAUUUUAAAGUAAAAAGUUAAAAGAUAACGGUGUGCAGGGAGUCAUAACAGGAUUUAGGAGAUGUUGCUCAUUAUCUCUCAGCUGUUUUAAGCUUUCCUGGAUGGCAACAAUUCUUGCCAGUGUCAAAAUUCAGCAGGAGCUGCUGCCCCUAGGACUCCUCUUUGGGAGCUCUUCCCCCCCCCCCCCCACCUGCCUUUAGGCCACACAGGCACCCAGGUACCUCUGCCCUAAGGAGCUGGAGUUCUGCCAUCCCACCUCUUUCUCCUACACUUCAAACCAUUUGCAAAAGGAACCUGAGAGUCUUGAGCCAUGGGUAUGCUGCUGGCAGCAACAAACAGAUGGAGAAACAUGUGCAGUCAAUGUGCUCUGCACUUGAUUUUAUUGUGGCAGGCACUGCCUUCUCCCACCCUGGCUGGGCAGGGGGUGAGCCCACGAGGCUCAAACUUUACCAAAGACACUGAAUUUGGGAGUGUUCACAGCAAAGCACAGCUUGCAUGGACUCACCCAGCACGGAGACCACAGCAAGAGAUAAGAAGGACAAUAAAGAAAGGUGUCCCUGCCCAUGGCAGAGAGUUGGUGCUAGAUGGUCCUUAAGGUCCACCUCAAACUGUUCCAUGAUUCGAAGAUCUGAGAGACAUGAUCAGAGCAGCUCACCAGCACAAGAAGCCGUGGGAGGUGAGACCACUGACUCCUUCUGACCAUCCCUUCUCCUGCUUCCACCCUGAAGAAACACCUGAAGGAGUGUUUUACCUAAGGAACCCUUGCUCUGCCCAGAGCAGUUGCCAUACCCCACUUGGUUUGGCUAGCAGCUGCACAGGGCAGAGCAACAGCCACAUUCCCCAUGGAACUGCAGCAGACAUUGGAUCUUUCCAGUAGACACAUCCUUCACAAGAGGGACAGUGCUCUGAUAAGUCGACUACGCCCUGAGGCUCACCAAAACGAGCCACAAAAACAGCUAUUUCCUCUUGGUGCGGAGGUGGGGGGGCCUUUUCCUCACCGCAGUGGCUGUUCUCGUCCCGGCACUCACAGCUCGGCUCUUCGGAGAGGGACAGGGCAGAGCAACCGGCUCGAGAUACUCCAGACUUGCAGAUCACCUUUGGGAUGACCGCAUUCCCCUCUGGCUCGGCUUGACUUUGAGAGGAUGAUAUCUGUCACCGUUUGCAGGAUAUUCUGAAGUCUGCACGCAAACCUAAGCUUUUGGAGCAGCACUGGUUGGCUUGGAGGACCCGGCGCUCAGCAGGCUACAGGGAACAUCCCAUCCCACCUCUGAUCAGGCUCUCUGGCCCCGAGACUGGAUUCUGACUGGAUUCACCCUAUCCAACACGGAAUGGACCUCCCUGUCACCCAGUUCACCACGAGACUGGCAUUACUUAUCAAAGUGCAAGAAGGCGGAUAAGUCAGUGCUGGGAAGGACAUAACAAAGUUUCUUUGUGUUCUUAUUUUAUGGAAUUCUCCUAUCUACCUCACAAAAUUCUUAUUUCCUUGGUGAGAAAUCCCUCAGGAAUUGACUUCAAGAAUGAACGGUGAUGUCCUCUAGCGCCCUGUAACACCUAGCGCAGCCGCCUGUUCCCAGCCCAAUUUCAAUGUGCUGCAGCUGACUGGGACCUCGUGUUGUCUGCAAUUAGAGUCUGGCAGUAAGCUGACAGUCAGAUAUGACUGUCCAGAAACUGGUAGCCACAGCUGUGUUGGUAGCUCUGGUCUCACUCAUCCUUAACAACGCGGCUGCCUUUACCCCCAACUGGGUGUACCAAACGCUGGAGGACGGGCGCAAGCGCAGUGUGGGGCUCUGGAGGAUGUGCUGGCUGGCAGAGCGGAGCAGAGCGGGUGCAAGCACCAGUGCCAGGCAUGGGCAAGGGGACGAGCAGGAGUGUGAAGCCCUGGGCUGGGGUUCAGAGUCAGCUGGGUUCCAGGAGUCACGCAGCACUGUCAAACUGCAGUUCGACAUGAUGCGUGCCUGCAACCUCAUUGCCACAGUGGCUCUGACUGCCGGCCAGCUCCUCUUCGUCCUGGGGCUGAUGGAGCUCCCCAUCAUCUCCCAGGAUACCCAGUGGUGGGAGGAGGCCAUAGCUGCUGUGUUCCAACUUGCCAGUUUUGUUCUGGUUAUCGGACUGGUGACAUUCUACCGUAUCGGACCAUACACCAACCUCUCGUGGUCCUGCUACCUGAACAUCGGAGCCUGCCUGUUGGCCACCCUGGCAGCUGCCAUUCUAAUCUGGAACAUCCUGCACAGGCGUGAGGACUGCAUGGCGCCCCGCGUCAUCGUCAUCAGCCGCACUCUGACCGCUCGCUUUCGCCAGGGCUUGGAAAAUGACUAUGUUGAGUCACCAUGCUGAAAGAGCACACUUGAAAGGCAGAAGAUAUCCAAGGAGAUCUGCAUUGGAGUUAUUUUCUAUAAAUAUAUGCUAUAAUUUAAGGGUUGAAAGACAUUACAAUGUUCACUUGUGUGGGCAGAGGCCCUCAAUCAUUAUUCAGAUGGGCUCCAUCUAUAUACAUAUGUAUAAAACAUAUAAUUAUAUAUAUAUAUAUAAAUAUAUAAAAUAUUAUAUUGCACUCUCCUUCUGCUGUACAGCUCAGAAUUGUUGGGCUGGCUGCAUAGCAGCAGGGUCAGCUGGAGAAGAUACCAAGUGUGUGCAAUGAGAAUACAGUAAAGAGGGAACCAAACACAUUUUCUCUGUCUGCAUCAAGUUCUUCUGGUCCUCAAAAAUAAAAGAAAAAGCUAUAGGAGACCAAUGACAAUAGCUUGGGAGUUAACAGGCAAUCUGCAAAAACAGAAAACUCACUAUAGAUUAAGUGAUGGGUUUAAAAGCUGUCUAAAUUUCAUGACUUUUAGUCCUUCUCUUCACCUCUCUACAAGAAACGGAUUCUCAUUAGCUGCAACACCUGCUCCCAGUCCCAGACCAAACCAGAAAGUAAAAAGCAAAAGCAACUCUAACUAUUCUUAUGUAAAGAAAGGGUUUGCAGAAGAAUUAAAUUGCAUCUUUUUCAGAUAUUUCUUUUGUAUCCUGAGACACAGGUUUGCAAGCGUCCUAUGCAUAAACAGACAUUAAAAAUGAGAAGGGUUUGCAACUAGAACAUGCUGCUGAAAAAAAUGUUUCAAUAUUACAUUGAGGGAAAAUGUCCACAGGAGACUACCAGAACUCCCCAAUAAUCAGAUAUAUGAUUAAAAUACAUUGUUGGGAAUUAUAAGAAAGAAAUAUUCCAGCCCAAAUUGGUUUAUUUUCUCUUCAGCUAGUUAUAACAUUUGCUGUGGCAUUAGAAUGCAAUGACAGGACACCAGCUCUGCCCAGCAAUGUUCAGAGCCACAUAACACAGGGAAUAUUGGAGAAUAGAGCUGCCACUCAAGCACCCAGACUGGAGAAUAAGACAAAGAUACAGGACUUCAGGACUCUGAGAUUUAAAAACAACCUCCCUGAUAAUACGAUAAUGAAGUGAAAAAUUAAUGCCUUUAGAAUUAGGUAUAAUGUUUCUAAGCCUUACCCUGAGAAACACAUGGCCUCACAAAAGUCAUAUCCAUAUAAUUUUCAGAAAGAAAAACAACAUGUCAAAAACUAUCAUAAAGGAAUAUGUGGAAUACAGGAACCUGAGGCAAUGACAGGUGUGUAAGUGCUCUCAGAAUGCUGCUCUGAGCACAAUUAGUGAUAGGUUUCAGGGACCAUGAGCUGUGAAUGUUACAAAUUCCUUGGGACUGUUGUGUUGCUCUCAGCUGAGUAGACUGCUUUGCUUCUUUAUCACUAUUUCCACACUUUGUUAAAAUGUGAUCAUCAAGCUGGCUCUUGAGUUCUGUUCUGCACUCAGUUUGGAUGUGAUAAGAAACUCAACCCCGACUGCUGCUUUGCACCACGUUCCAAAUGAGCAACACUCCACGGAGACGGAUGCUCUAGAACAACUGCACUGCUCUAGACUGCCAGGGGAAAUACCAUAAAGCUGACAGAGCUUCUUCUAGCAGUAGGUUUGUAAAAACCAACUAAGAUUAGUGUUCAUCUGCCUGCAUUAAUUUUCUGGGGAAAAAAAAAAGAAUUCCAGAAAUAAUAUGUUAUGAUUAAAUGCAGCGGUUUUUAAAAUAAAAUACUGGAGUACUUUAGAGAUAUUAUAUUAUUUCCUCUAAUAUUGCAAUAUCCAUAUUAUAAUAACAUACAUGUGAAUUUAAAAAUCAGCUAUGUGGUUGGUAAAUCUGUAGCACUCAGUAUUGAUGUGAUUAUUUUAGAUGUAUAAAUAAAAUGGUGAAUGUUCA